UCCUGCCGGUCUCUGGACACAGGUGCCGCGGUCAGGCGCCAGGAAAGGCUCCUGCCAGCUCGCCGGGCUGUUGGAUUCAUUCUUUCUUUGGACGAACGACUCCCGAUUGACCGAGACAAUUCGACUCUUGAGUCCUGAAAAGUUCGAGGAACGAACAACUAACUCUCCUCCAGGCAGCUCCUUGCUGGGCACCCGCCAUCCGGGGGUGACAACCCCCAGGCCCACGUGACUGCCCCCCCCUUUCCAAGCUCUUAAAACUGACACCACGGAGAGAAGCUGAAGUGACCCGGGUCUAAAAAUAAACCGGUUUAGCGAAUGAACCCCCCUCCCCCACGUUUACCGCAGCCUUUCCCGUGCUAAUUGUCAGGCGUGAUUUGGAGAGAGACCCAGGAUGGAGGGGGACCCCUGAUUGGUUCGGGGGAAGGGCUGGGACCAGAAAUAUUUGACUCGGGCCUAAUUAUAGAAUUGGUGGCAGCGAGGGAGAGAGACGGGCGAGGCAGAGCCGGGCCCGGGGUCACAGGCAGUUUGGAUAUUUUUGGGGGGGAGGGAGGAGUGACAGGAGGGGUUACAAAGCACAGUACAAAAUUCAAAUGGGGGUCAGCGCCUGCAGGUAAAUCCAGGGAAGACGCUGCGCCCUGGAGGCCCGUUUUAAAGGCAUCGCCUCUUCUCUGCUGGAUUCACAAUGCAACAAAUCCCCCUCUGCGCAGGCUGCAACCAGCACAUCGUGGACAGGUUCAUCCUGAAGGUGCUGGACCGGCACUGGCACAGCAAAUGCCUGAAAUGCAGCGAUUGCCAGACCCAGCUGGCUGAGAAAUGCUUCAGCCGAGGUGACAGCGUGUACUGCAAAGAGGACUUCUUCAAGAGGUUUGGGACGAAAUGCGCCGCCUGCCAGCAGGGGAUCCCCCCGACCCAGGUGGUGAGACGGGCCCAGGACUUCGUCUACCACCUACACUGCUUCUCCUGCAUCGUGUGCAAGCGGCAGCUGGCCACGGGGGACGAGUUCUACCUCAUGGAGGACAGCCGGCUGGUCUGCAAGGCCGACUACGAGACUGCCAAGCAGAGAGCUGCCGAGUCCACAGCGAAGAGACCCCGCACCACGAUCACCGCCAAGCAGCUGGAAACCCUGAAGAACGCGUAUAACAACUCCCCCAAGCCUGCCAGGCACGUCAGGGAGCAGCUGUCCUCGGAGACCGGGCUGGACAUGAGAGUCGUGCAGGUGUGGUUCCAGAACAGAAGGGCCAAGGAAAAAAGGCUAAAGAAAGAUGCCGGGAGGCAGAGAUGGGGCCAGUACUUUAGGAAUAUGAAAAGAUCCCGGGGGAAUUCAAAAUCGGACAAGGACAGCAUCCAGGAGGAAGGCCCAGACAGUGAUGCUGAAGUCUCCUUUACAGAUGAGCCGUCUAUGUCAGAAAUGAGUCAUUCCAAUGGGAUUUACAGCAACCUCAAUGAGGCUUCUCCCGCAUUGGGGAGGCAAGCUGGCACCAACGGGAGCUUCUCUUUGGAACACAGUGGCAUCCCCGCCCAGGACCAGUACCACGACCUCCGCUCCAACAGCCCCUACGGGAUACCCCAGUCACCAGCUUCUCUACAGGCAUUGCCAGCCCACCAGCCUUUAAUCUCAAGCUUGGUUUAUCCAGACAAUGGUUUGGGCAUCAUAGUUCAGGGUGGACAAGGCGUGCCCCAGCCAAUGAGAGUCUUGGGUGGGAACGGACCCAGUUCUGAUCUCUCCACUGGGAGCAGUGGAGGCUAUCCAGACUUCCCUGCCAGCCCUGCCUCUUGGCUAGAUGAAGUCGAUCAUGCCCAGUUUUGAUACAAGACCCGCCACAAUGCGGGGAAAAGACUUCAGGCUAUUAAGCAUUACAUACUGUUGAGAAUCAAAUCCGGGGCAAAAAUGACUUCCAAGGAGAAAGUAAGAUAGCGACGUGGGCAAACGUGUCAAGAGGAUUAGCAAAAGCCAAUUGACCAAGGACUUGGGUCAGAACAACUGGCUAAGAGAAGUCCAAGUGCAACUCUCAUUGUGUCUUUAUAGAACGCUACCAAACACCAAGACUUGUGCUUUACAGAGCUGAGACCAUGGUUUGUUUUCUGUCGUCAGUUCAUUCUCCGAAGGAAGAACUCGCUUCCUCUCUUAUCUCCCCCUUCGAGCUUUUUUAAAAAUGAAGAUCUCAUCCAUUGCAAAAGAAGCAGCAAUGUCUAUAUUUCUACAGGAGAAACGUGAACAAUGAAUGGUCUCUUCACAAAUUCACGGUGGCAAACCACAUACCUAUUUCUCUGUUCUUCCAACAGGUUAGAAAAAAAAAGCAGUGACACAGUAAGACUUUUUUGUUUUAUUUUUGAAUUAAUAUUAGCUUUUCUAAAUUGAAAUGGUUUUUCACAUGCCAAUGAUUUAUUAAUAAUCGUAUUUUCAUUUGUACUAUGAGGGCCCUCUGUUAACUUUGCUAUCCACCUUUUCAAAUUUGUAGAUUGCUAGCUUUAUUCUUUCCACAUAAGCAUCAAACUGUGAAUAGAUGUAUUUAUUAUCAAAUAGCCACUGUUUUUCAACAGGGUCAAGAAAGCCCAAGAAUAUUGGUCAUUCUGCAUUGUUAAACGGAUGUUUUUCUUUACUGAUUCCUCUGUGACAACUUUAUUGCAACGCUUUUCAAAGUUGCACCUAAUGUCUUGUUGCCAAAUACCUUCUCAACGUUUUGUCAGGCGCGGUUUCGCUACGUUUGUUCUUCAUAUGUUGUUGGAAGGGCAACCUAAUGAGCAUUCUUAUGUUCACUCCCACAACACUUUCUCCAUUCUAUGCAUUUGUGUAUUUCAACAGCCGAUAUAGUGAAAGCUGAUUGUGAAGAAAGGCAAAACCAUAUGUAUACUGUUAUCUGUAAAAUUGAAUAUCGAAUUAAUUGUAGAUUGUGUAUGUCCAAUGUCUUAUUUAUAUUCUCUUUCUCUCUCUCUGUCUCUGAUGAUCAAAUACUUUAUGACUUCAAAUAAAUUUGUCAGCUACAGUUUAAAUAAAUUCACACGAAAAGCA